AUCAACUUGAAAUACAUUGAGCACAAUGAUGAUUGGACUGAGAUUAAAUCAAUUCUAAAUUUGAAGUAAACAAUACACACAAUCACAAUACGUUUAGGAAAUUUUAAACGCUCUCCUGAGUCCUGGCGGCAAUUGCUGCCCCUUUGGGCUUCUGUAACUUGUAAGAUGAUUCCUUGACUAGAGCACGACUGCUGUUUGAUGUAUUCGAUUCAUAGAAAUCUUUUAUCUCUCGCCGAUUCUCUAGCAUCAAAACUGCGCAACGAUCUCCUGAACCUUGGACAACUUCAACAAAUCCACGCUCAAAUCCUAACCAGCGGCUAUCUCCAUUCGACUCCUUUCCUCACGACCUUCCUUUCUUCAUGUUAUCGGUCUCAGAAACCCCGUUACGCUCUGCUUUUGCUGCAGACGCUGCCACAUCCGGACCCCUCUUUGUGGAAUUCAAUGAUUCGAGUUUCGUUAGGACAUGGUAAUGGCGUAGAUUUUGUUAGUUUUUACAAUGUUAUGCUCUAUAACAAUGUGGUUCCCAGCAAGGCUGUGUUUACUUCAAUCCUUCGCUCUUGUGCCGUUAAUUGCGCAACCCAAAUCGGCGAAGCUUUUCAUUCCCAGAUGAUAAAAAUGGGUUUUCCGUUCGACGUGAUUUUACAAACUGGGUUGCUUGAUUUUUAUGCCAAAGUUGGAAAUUUAAGGUCUGCUGAACGAGUUUUCGUAGAAAUGCCUGAAAAGGAUGUGGUGGCAAAUAAUGCAAUGGUUUCAGCUUUAAGUAUGCACGGGCAUGUCAAGGAAGCACGGGAUUUGUUUGACGAAAUGCCGGAGCGGAACUCUUGUUCUUGGAAUUCGAUGAUAACUUGCUAUUGCAAGUCCGGCGAUAUUGAUUCUGCACGGUUGAUGUUUGAUCGCUGUCCGGUUAAAGAUGUGGUCUCGUGGAAUGCAAUGAUUGAUGGUUACUGUAAGUCUGAGCAGUUAACACUUGCUCAGGAGUUGUUCAACCAAAUUGGAUCGGUUAAAAACUGUGUCACUUGGAAUACGAUGAUAUCUGGGUAUGUACAGUGUAGGGAAUUUGGAAGAGCAAUCUUGACAUUUCAGCAAAUGCAAGCUGAAAACGUGAGGCCGACUGAGGUGACCAUGGUUAGCUUGUUAUCUGCCUGUGCCCAUCUUGGUGCCUUAGAUAUAGGAGAAUGGAUUCAUGCUUAUAUUAGAAGGAAAAAUUUCAAAAUGGAUGUUGUUUUAGGUAAUGCUCUUAUAGACAUGUACUGUAAGUGUGGGAGCAUAGAAGCUGCUGUAGAUGUAUUUCGUGGACUCCCAGUGAGGAACAUCUUUUGUUGGAAUUCUAUUAUUGUAGGACUAGGAAUGCAUGGUUAUGGGCAAGAGGCUAUAGAUGUUUUUACUUCCAUGAAAAAGGAGAAGAUACAUCCAGAUGAGGUCACCUUUGUUGGGCUUUUGAGUGGUUGUAGCCAUUCAGGCUUGGUUUCUGCAGGUAGAAAAUAUUUCUCUCAAAUGCGACUCAGGUAUGGGCUUGAACCUCGAAUUGAACACUAUGGCUGCAUGGUUGACCUUCUGGGUCGAGCUGGCCUUCUCAAAGAAGCAUUAGAACUCGUAAGGACCAUGCCCUUAAACCCAAAUUCAGUGGUGUGGGGAAGCCUGCUCCGAGCAUGUCAAAUUCAUAAGAACACUGAACUUUGUGAGCUAGUGACACGGCAUCUCUUGGAGUUGGAUCCAUCUGAUAGUGGAAAUUAUGUGUUUAUGUCCAACCUAUAUGCAUCAUUAAAUCGCUGGAGUGAUGUGGGCAUAUGUCGAAAGUUAAUGAUUGAGAAGGGAGCACAUAAGACGCCCGGAUGCAGUUCAGUUGAGGUAGACAAUAUUAUACAUGAGUUUGUGGCAGGUGACACUUCACAUUCCCAAUUCCCACUAAUUAAUGCAUUCUUAGAUGAGAUUGCGAAGGAAUUAAAAGCUCACGGGCAUAAGCCAGAUACAACUUCUGUGCUGCAUGACAUAGAGGAAGAGGAGAAAGAGAGUGCAGUUGGAUACCACAGUGAGAGGAUUGCUGUUGCUUUUGGACUUAUGAGCACGCCUUCUGGAAAGACUAUUCGGGUGGUAAAGAAUCUACGAACAUGCAAUGACUGCCAUUCUGCUUUGAAGGUUAUAUCUAAGGUGUAUAAGAGGGAAAUAAUUGUGAGAGAUCAGAAUCGAUUUCAUCAUUUCAAGAAUGGAUCUUGCUCUUGCAAGGACUACUGGUGAUUUAUCAUCUAAAAUUGAUUCCUUAUUCACUUAUUGUACUGAUUUUUAAUAGUCUAUGUGCAUAAUAUAUCCCUGAGCAGAUAGCAUCCUGUUUACUUUAAUUUGUGUAAUUUGAAAUUAUCAUCCUGUUAAUUCAGAUAAUGUAUCCAAAUAGUAAUCGAAAUAAAUUAUGACCUUUUUGAUAUCUUA